GACGUCAUUGAUCGUGACACGCCCACUCGUCUCCAACGUCAACAAUAGCCACACGCAGAACAACGAUUUACGAAAAUAAUUGUUGCUGUGCUAAGAUCUAUAGUUUUAAUUAUUAAACAGAAAUCAAAAUAAUGGACAUCGAUGCGAAGAGCACGAGGAGGAGAGAUCUCCCCCCAAUUCCUCAAGUACCGAAGAGGGGACCACGAGCUCUGCCGUCCAUGCCCAGUCAAGACACAACAGAGGAGAUGCCUGUACCAAAGAGCAGGAGAAAGAAAUCAAAGAGAGAUGUGGAGAGUGUAGAAGUACCUGAUGACGGUGGAAUGGAAAUGGGAGAGUUGACCAGUCGCAGACAGUCAGAGAGUCGGGAACCUUUGACCCCGGAGCCUCUGGACAACCCACCACAGAAAAAGAAAAAGAAGAAGAAAGCACAAGCCGUCGAUGUAGAGGGAGCUCCAACGGACCUGGUGUCAAAUGGAGAUAUGAUGGACCAGAACACUGAUGAGGAAGUUACACGCAGGCCCAAAAAGAAAAAGGUGAAACCUAAAGUAACAGAGACGCAGCCCAACAACGAACUGGAUGUGGAGGACGAUGACAUCAUCACAGACCCACAAGCCCCAGUUUCCCAGCAUUCCUUGUUCUCUGCUCCACAAGGACAGAGUCAGCCUGUGGGGAAAGUGUUUGUGGAGAAGAGUCGACGUUUUCAAGCCGAGCGAGUGGAACAGUGGAAGUCCAGCGGGCAGAUGGAGCAGAGCUUUAUGGACAUCCGUUCAAUGUGGACCACCAGAGAUGUGUCAAUGAGAGUACACAGCUCAUACAGGGUCAUCGGUCUGUUCUCGUACGGCUUUUUGGCCGGUUACGCUGUGUGGAACAUUAUUGUGAUGUAUGUGUUGUCUGGAGAACAGAUGAGCAGAGUUUCUGAUCUUCUUCAGCAGUAUCGUCCGCUGGCUUACCCCGCGCAGUCUCUCAUGUAUCUGCUGCUGGCUCUCAGCACCGUCUCUGCCUUCGACAGGUUAAAUCUGGCUAAAGCCCCUGUGGCCAUGAGAAGUUUACAAACCCUCAGUCCUGUGGCUCUCUCCUCUCUCUUGUACUUCUGUGCACUUGUAUUAUCUUUAAGCCAGCAGAUGACAAGCGAUCGGAUCAAUCUCUAUAAUCAAUACUCCAGCUCUAACACCACACUGUGGCAGCCGGGCUCAGAGAGCAGCAUCAUUUACCCGUGGGUUAUAGUAAACCUGGUGGUCACGCUGCUGGUCGGACUGGCCUGGGUUCUGAUGUCAUCAAGUCCAGAUAUUGACCACACAGAAGAGUUUUUAAUGUCAAUGGAAGCUGAAUAUCCAAAAGCAGAAGAGAAAGGAAACAUCACUGCAUGAGGCACAUGAAUUAGUGUUUUUUUUUGUACUAUUUUUGAUACAUGAUUGUAUAUUUAUAUAUACUGUAUAUCUAUCUAUCUAUCUAUAUAUCUUAUGGCGGGAAUACACUACAAGACUUUUAAAAUCUUAACAUCAUACACUUGCAGUUUUUCUGAAAGUUUCAGAUAGAAUUCAAUAGAAACUGAUCAAAUCUGCAAACUGGCACAGACUUUCUGCAACAAGUCCAGAGUGAAAAUCUGAGCAAAAGUCUUAGUGUAUUUUAGUCUUUAAUGUGCAAUGCUUUACCACUGUGACAUUUG